AUGUUAUUUAAAAAAUAAGUUUAUAAGUGUUUAUUUUCCACAAAAAACGCAUUAAAAUCGCCACUUUUAACACGUGAUUUUAUAUAUGAUAGACUCUAUAAUUCAUCUUCUGGUUAUUUUUGUAAGGACAAUAUUUAAAUAGGAGAACUUUAAACGCCAAUAAACUUUACUGAAUUAAUAGGGUUUGAAGAUUAUUAAAAAAUAUUAAGCGAAAGAUACCCAAAAAACGCUUGGUUGACCCCAAGUGAGAUUUUCAAGCCUUAUUAUGGAAUGUCAAUAGGGAAUUAUAUACAUUAGAAUUUUGAUACAAAAUUAAAAGAAGAAACUUAAAAAUAAAAAAUAUAAAACCAAAGUAAUCUUUUAUUAAAAAGAAAUAAAAAAAUCCGUAUUAUUGAAGUUGGGGCAGGACAUGCAAGUGCAUGUGAAUCAAUUUUAAACUUUUUUAAAAAUUAUGAACAUUUUCAUUAUUAAAAUAUGGAAUAUACAAUAGUAGAAAUUUCACCUUAAAUGUGUAAAAAAGCAGCUUUAAAAUUAAAAUAAGACCACUAAAAAUUAUUAGAAAGAGGAUAAAUAAAAAUAAUUAAUGAAGAUUUUUUAAAUUAUAAAGUCAUUAAUAAAAAUGAAGAAUAUUAUGUUAUUUUUUUAGAAGUUUUAGAUAAUAUGCCACAUGAUAGAGUAUAUGAAGGAAAAUACGAGAGUUUAGUUUAAUUUAGUGAUUAGUUUGGGAAUGAAAAUUUAAAAGAAAUUUAAUAAGAAAUUAAAGAUGAUUUAAUAAAGGAAAUUAUGGAAUAUUAUAACAGUCUUCCUGAAAUUGAUCACAUAGAAGAAAAAAAAUAUUCUUAUUCGUUUUUGUAAAAUAUCAUUAAUAUUUAUUAUAGGCAGAAGAGGGAAAAUGUUUUUGUACCUACAUUCUUUUUGAAAACUUUAAAACAUAUAAAAUAAAAUAUUCCUAAUCAUAAAAUUAUUCUUUCAGAUUUUGAUAGUUUAAAUUAAAAAGAAUAAAUAGGAAAAAAUGCUCCUAUAGUCUCUAAAAAAUUAGAGAAAUCUCAUGAAAAAUUGGAUUAUGAUACAUAUUUAGUAAAAAGAGGUGAAGCUGAUAUAUUCUUUCCGACAAAUUUUAGGUUUAUUUAACAUAUGUAUAAAUAAAUAAUGGGAAAAAAUGGGAUGGCAUUAAAAAGUUAUUAGUUUAUGAAUUUAUAUAGUAGAUAAUAAUGGACAGAAACUAAAAGUGGUUAUAAUCCUUUAAAAGAAGAUUUUGGAAAUACUUCUUUUUUUAUAACUGAAAAAUGA